AUAAAUUAAAAAAUAAUCCUAAAAAGAAAAGUUUGCAGAAACACGCAGAUCCCAACUCUCCCUUCACCCAAGUUGUACGCCUCCGCCCUGCUUUGAUAUCUCCCCCAACAAUCGCCGGCGGUGCUGCGCUCAUUUUCUCCAUUGCCGCCCAUCCAAAGCAGCUUCCAAUUUUGGCAAUGGAAACAAGUGCAGGCCCCGAGCACAACUUGAGGAUUGAUGGAAGUGAUUCACCGACUUUGCAAAUUGACCCCAAAAGAUCCCGGUUCCCAUGCUGCAUUGUGUGGACACCCCUUCCUGUUAUUUCAUGGUUGGUUCCUUUCGUUGGCCACAUUGGCAUAUGCAGAGAAGAUGGCGUGAUAUUGGACUUUGCAGGGCCCAAUUUCGUCUGUGUGGAUAACUUUUCUUUUGGAGCAGCAACUCGCUACAUCCAAAUAAACAAAGAAAAGUGUUGCGCUAUUACCGAUCUGUCUGAGUACCAAAGUGAGGAUCAAUAUGGGGAGAAUGAACCCGGUAGAGACAUAAAGACAUGGGAUGAUGCACUCCAGAAGGGCACUCAGGAAUUCCAACACCGAGCUUACAACCUUUUUACCUGCAAUUGCCACUCCUUUGUAGCCAACAACCUAAACAGGUUAGGGUUUCGGUCUGGUGGGUGGAAUGUGGUGAACCUUGCAGCUCUGAUCUUCCUCAAGGGUCAAUGGGUGAGCACAGCAGCCGUGGUGCAAUCCUUACUACCGUUUUUAAUAUUCUGUCUCGGAGUUGCAUUAGCAGGUUCAACCUUCCUAACGUACCUGGGUUUCUUCACCGCCUUUCUCGUCGGUUGGUUUCUUCUUGGUACGUACUGUUUCAAGAGUUUGAUCCAAUUGUAGAUUCUGUUAUUUGGAGUCUUCGUACGUAAACUUUGGUUUCAGAGACGUGUGAUUCAAAUGUAUAGAACAGAGGCAAUUGCCAGCUACUUUCGACACUUUAAAAACAUGUUUUCCCUGUGAUUUCUGAGUGUCUGUUUCCUCUUAAGAAGGCAUGCGUUCCAAGAAUCAAAUGUACUAAUUUUGUUGUGU